AUGAACUCGUGCACGCUCCGUCCGCCCAACGAUCGCGACCUGAGUGACGACGUCAUCGGCAAUGUCAUGGAAGGCAGAAAGUCGAACCGCCACUUCGUCACCCACGACGUCAUGGCAGUUCAAGAUUGGCGGCGUCCAUCGCACCGGACGUUCUGCCAGCCGCCACCGCCCACUCUGUACGCGAGUCAGGCGACUCGCACAAAGUAUACGGACAGCAGUCCUCGCGUUCCCGAACGAGAUGCAGCUGCAGCUAUUGGUUUACUUUUACUGAUGAACGAGACGAAGCGACACGAAGUCCCAUCUCCACGUGCUCACAGCUGGUAG